CUUUCCUAUACCGUCUACAUCCGGAUAUAUAUGCGGCAGGUAGUGUAUAAAGUAUAAGGCUUCCCAGAGCUGAUUGUGAUACAUUGGACAACAACAUAUAUCCGGGCUUUCCCUAUUCCCCUCCGACGCAUCCUGCAUGCAAGAGCUCUCAUAGGCACCUACGACCACGCCGCAUCUCACCUCACUACCUUACCACAACACCAAACUCACACCCAAAAAUGGCAUCACAACCCCAAAUUCACGUCUUCAACAAGGGCGACUAUUCCAGCCACCGUCUUGUGACGCUUCCGCCCACAAAACUGGAACCACUCUCUCCUUCGUCCUUACGCUUGAGAACCAAAAUCCUAGGCCUCACAACAAACAAUCUCACCUACGCAAACAUGGGCUUCGCCCUCGGCUGGUGGGACACUUAUCCAAUCCCGUCCUCCGCUUCCAGCCCAUUUAACGACCGCGACACCUACGCCACGGUCGCGGGAUGGGGCUAUGCCGAAGUCGUCGAAUCCAGCUACCCUGGGGUGGAGAAGGGCGCGAGUGUAUUUGGAUACGUGCACGUCGGGUCCGGCACCUGGGACGUCUCCGUCUCAGACGCCGAGUCUGGGCUCGAAGGGCAAGUACUAGUGACGUCCCCGCACCGCGCGCAUCUCUGGACAAUAUACAAUCGCCUGCAGAUCCUGCCACCGUUAGCCCAGCUCGAGAAAGAACGAGGCAGGGAGACCUUGGGCUGGGACGCACUCAUGCAAGUCCUCUUCGGCACGGGGUACAACCUCAGCACGUACGGCUUCGCGUGGUCGGACGCCCUCCGCAUACAUCCUUCGGGGGAGGGCGCAUGGAAUGUGGAGGAGGCGAGGCUGGAUGGCGCGGUGUGCGUGGUGUUGAAUGGUGGGGGAAAGACGGGGAUGGGGUUUGCGUAUGCCGCGAGGCAUAACCGGCCGAAAGAGCAGCAGCCGACAACAAUCAUCGGGGUCGGGUCGGAGAAGUCGAAGCCGCUGCUGGAGAAGUGUGGGUUCUAUGAUGAUGUGCUAUUGAGUGGGGAUGCAGCCAAGGUCGCGCAGCUGGUCAAGCAGACAGCGCCGCGCAAGGUGGUGCUCCUGGAUUUCGGCGCGAGGCCGGGCGUCUUCGCAGCAUAUACGGAGGCGUUGGAGGAUGCUGGCGCACCGCUCGCGCGGUUCUUCGUCGGUGGGGAUAAUCGGCCUGCGAAGCCGCAAGACUUGAUGAAGGCGCGCGGCGAGAGGGGCGAGGGCGUCCAGGUCAAUGCGAAUACGCUGCGGGAGAAGGGCAUCGAGGUCGGCAGGCAGAAGUACUUCGAGGAUUUUGACAGGGCGUGGGAGGGUUUCGUGCAUCAGGGUGCUAUCAAGGGGACGAAGUUGGUGUGGGGAGAGGGGAUGGAGGGGUGGGAGAGUGGGUGGGAAGCGUUCUGUAACGAUAAAGUUGGGGGUAAUGAGGGGCUGGUGUAUACGCUUUGAGGGCUUUCCUCUGUUGGCCAGAUUGUGUGUUGUCCACACCAGAGUACUGAGCCGAAUGUGGUCGGUUGGUGGUACGCAGGUUGAUCAUGAUACCUUGCCUAAAAGAAGUGAUUGAUGCGCGUGAGCAUAGAAGUGGCGUGCCAGAACAGUUCCUAAAAUGUUUCAAUAACACAUUGCUAAAGACUAGAGAUGAGGGUAUAUAUCUACUACGG